UUUACGCACAGACCGAUUGACAUCACUUCCUGGUUUUGUUGUCAGGUAGACUGUUCACCACUGAAGAAACUUCCUCCUGCUGACAAUGACAACUUUUUACUUGUUUUAACUAAUCACAACAAACCUCCACCUUCACCAUCAUGGCCUGUGCAGACUCAAAAGUGGACCUGUGCACGGUUCCUCUCACGGCGCUGAACGUGACGGUGAGGACCAGGCUGGGGCUCUUCCUGAACCCCAGGACCGCCGUGGCCUCGGACUGGAAGGCGCUGGCAGAGAAGGUCGACUUCGGCUACCUGGAGAUCAAGAACUUCGAGGCGCGUCUGAACCCCACGGCGGUGGUGCUGGACGAGUGGCAGGCCCGCUCCAAAGACGCCACGGUGGGGAAGCUGCUUGGCAUCCUGGAGAAGCUGGAGAGAAACGACAUCCUGGAGGAUCUGCGCUCCGCCAUCGAUGAGGAUGUCAGGAGGUACCUUGAGAGGAUGGCUAAUCUCCCACUCCAGGUUCAUAUUGUUGACAGCUGCGUCCCUCGCACCCCUGAGAGACAUGGCCUCACCCUGGAGGACAACCUCGAGGGUGCACCUGAGCUGUUUGAUGCCUUCAUCUGCUACUGCCAGAGCGACUUUGAAUUUGUCCACGAGAUGAUCCGUGAGCUGGAGCAGACUGACUACAGGCUGAAACUGUGUGUGUUCGACAGAGACGUCCUCCCAGGCUCCUGCGUGUGGACCAUCACCAGCGAGCUCAUUGAGAGGAGGUGUAAGAGGAUGGUGGUGGUGAUUUCUGAUGAAUACCUCAACAGCGAUGCCUGUGACUUUCAGACCAAGUUUGCUCUCAGCCUCUGUCCUGGAGCCCAACAGAAACGACUUAUCCCAGUGGUGUACAAGCCGAUGAAAAAGCCGUUCCCCAGCAUCUUGCGCUUCCUCACCGUGUGCGACUACACCCGGCCCUGCACUCAGGCCUGGUUCUGGACACGACUGGCCAAAGUUCUUUCACUGCCCUAACCACGGACCAGGCUGCUAACUGUGGCUUCAUAUACCGUCAAAAAGGUUUAUGUUGGACAUUGAUAAAACAUUACAAGUUCAAGUGUGCGCAGCUGCUUGUGAUCUGCAUCCUGCUGGCAUUUGAAACCCGCCUUUAAUUUCCUGUGUGUAAAGAAAUUAGAAUUGCGCCAUUCAUAGUGCACGAGGAUAUAAAAUAUCAGCAAAGUUCUCUGAGAGCACAAAGCACGUUGCCAUUAUUAUGAUGUUAUAGAUUGUGCUUGCCUGCCACUGUUUUGGAUUUAUGCGGGUUAUCAUGGUAUGGAGGAUAUGUUGAUAGUUAGAGCUGUAUAUACGUAACACUGUGUAAACGCUCUGUCAUGUGUCACCCUGGCCUCUUCCUCUUAUGAGUUAACGCUGAGAUGAGAUUGAAGCAUAAAGAGGAAGACGUGUUGUGAUAUUUCCCCCCCCGCUGCCUCUUUCUCUCUGUCACUUCCUCCCUCACCGUCAUGCCUUUACUGUUGAUGUUGUAUUUUUUGAUGUUUUUCAGAAUAAUUUUAUUGUGAUUUAUUAUAUUUUACUGUUUUUUCAAAAAUACAAUUUAUGCAUCUUUUCAAGGGCACUGGUCAUGAAUUAUAAUUUAUAAAAUGAUAAAUCACUCA